AUGAACUCAACGGCGAACGCAUCAAGCGAGUUUUGGAAGUGCUCCACUUUAGUUAAUUCCAAAGCUUUUAAAAUUGGAGGAACCGUUGCCUUCUGUCAGAUCCUUCUUGUUUCAAUUGCCGGAAAUUCUCUCAUUGUAAUGCUCGUUUAUAAAACGCCAAACUUAAGAAAACCCAUAAAUUAUUUCAUCGCAAACAUGGCCUCGUCCGAUUUGCUGUUUAUACUUUUCACUUGCCCUUGGUUCAUCGCAAGGUUGUACACAUCACAGAUUAUCGGUGGCCAGUUUGGCCAGGCUUUCUGUAAGCUUAACACCUUCUUUCUAAACGUUUCCGCAUUCGUCUCGAUUCAAAAUCUGGUGCUGAUAGCGGUGGAUCGAUUUGGAGCCGUGGUAUUUCCACUCCGUUCCCCACUCAUCAGAUCCAAGUUGUGCCCCUUCUUUAUUCUCGCGACCUGGGUAGUUGCAGUAGCUGUCAGUUCGCCAUACGUCUUUGCUGCCAGACUGGUUGAAAACUCAGGAAGAAAGCAGUGUGAUCGAAACGCCGGAUGGAAGGAAGCAUUCGGGGAGUCCUCGUCCUAUCCAGAGUUUAAACUAGUGAUCUAUAUCUUGUUUAUCUACAUCCCUGUCCUGUUGUUAGUCAUUCUUUACUCCUUCAUCUUUAUCAAACUCAAGGCACAGGUACACCCAGGUGAACAUUCGUCCAACAUUGAACGACAACGACAAAGAAGAAACAGAAACGUGCUUCAUAUGUCCAUUGCUAUCAUUUCAGUGUUUGUGUUUUGCUGGUUACCAUUCAUAACUAAUGAAUUAAUCUUAGUUUAUCGCAGCAGUUCCACUCAUUUUUCCUGUAGUUUCAGCCUUUACUAUGAGGUCACCUUUUGUAUAGUUGACGCUUACGUUGCUUUGAACCCGAUUAUCUGCUUCACUUUUAGUAGCAAUUACCGGCUUGGUCUUAAAAGACUCAUAAGCAGUUCUUCUAGUGUACAGCAGUAAGUUUAAAAAUAUCAGCGCUUGUGAUUAAGUAAUAUGAGCUGAAUAUGUUCAUUGUUUAUCUGCCGUAACGACAAGAAGAGAGACUUGGUGUGUCUCAAGGGUGUAACAUAAGACUUUGCAAGCCAAGUGAAACUUAGAAUCAAUGUAUAGACUCAGAGGAAUAAAAUGGCUCAAUAAAUGACAAUCAAUGUUGUCUUAAGUGGUCUUCUUUUCAGUUUUUUUUUGUAAAUUUUUUCGCGAUUGAAACAGUGUUACUGACACGAUGGCAGCGGAAGGAAUUUGUGAACGAAAGAAUACUUAUUGGUUAUUGGUUAUCUGCCGGCCCUAUAACGCUAAAAAGACUUCAUAUAAUCAGUUAAGUAUAAAACAACUCAAACUUCGCUUGUGUGGUUGUUUAAUGCGAGGCUAGUUUGAAAAACUGAUUUUUCGAUCUAAAAGCGAGCGCCUUCAAAAUUACUAAAUGGACAAGAAAUAUCCAGAUAGAAGAAAGUCUAAAUGAAACAGUUUCAGCUGGAGAUAUAUUUAAAGAAGAGAGCAAUUAAAAUGCGCACAAACACUAAAGAGGAGGUGCCAAUUUUAUUAGAGCAGUGCAGCUGACUUCGCUGAAUGAUUUUAUCAGUUUAAAGACCUCACUUUCAAAGCAUGGAAAUAUAGCAAAAUCACACUUCUUCCUUUGGUUUUUACUGUACCAGAUUAAUUUCACUCAAACAUCCUGUUACUUGUAGAGACUUUUUCAGACAUAUUUUGCAAGAAUAAACUCUUCUCUUACAAAUUUUUCGAAAUAUCUCCAUAAUACUGGAUGACAGCGUUUAAUUAUUAGCAGAAGUGUCGUUGUUUAUAUCAAUGGUAGUUUCAACGGUAGGAUUUUAAGUUCGAUAAGCUCCAAAAUCACACUAAUGAGGGAAAAAGGCAGGAGAAGAAGAAAGAGAGAGGAGGAAAAAGGAGGAGAAGAGAAACACAGCAAUGGUCUCACCCUUAGUUUUUAUGAUGACUAAAGACAACUGUUAGACAGAAAAGAUUCAUUUGGCGGUAACGUUUUCAAUAAUCCGGAUAAAGAUGCAAAUAGACCCCUUUCGGUUGUGAGGGCAUGCUGGGUAAUCGGGACGGGAUGGUGGGGAAUUCAGAAGUUUGUAUGUGAAUUUAAAGUCAACUAAUUCUUCCUAAUUGAAUACAUUUGUCACUUUCUCUUUGCAGACUUUAACUAAUGACCUUAAAGAAACUAUAAACUAAAUGUGGAGGGCACAGCAGUCCUUUAACGCUUUUUACAAAAUUUGACGUCUUCCAUACAAUUUCUGUAAUUUUUAUGUUGUCAGAAAAUGUAUGGAAGAACUGAGGUCUUCUAAAACGCAACAAAGGACUACCAUGUACUCCAGGUUUAGUGAGUAUUUUUUUUAAGCUCAUUUGGUCACAUUUUUCAAAGGGUGUGUUACAAAUAUUUUCAAGUAGCAAAAAUUAAAUGACUUUAAAUUCUUAUACAAACUUUUGAUUUUUCCACCGUCUUGUCCUGUCCCAGCAUGCCCUCUGAACCGUACAAGGGCCUAUAGAAGAAAAGCUUAACUAAACAGUCUCAGAUAGAGACAUUUUAAAAUUAACCCUCGGAUGUACAAAGGAGGGAGGGUGGAUUCCACCCACCCACCCACCAGGUUUUUCUGAGUUUUUUCUUAGAGGGUUAAACAUCAGAUCAGCACCUGACGUUUUCAGUAGCUGUACAUUUUUCCCUCACGCGCACUUUGAGACAAGUUACAUAAUUCCACUAUACGCGAACACUGGCUAACAACGGUUAUAAUCACCGGCAUACAUUAGUAAAUUACACCACUGUAAUUAAAUACAACAAGGGUACUUCUACUCGCCUGUUGCCUGGCCACAUAGCCUGCGGCCAGGUUCCUUGAUGGGGAAAAAAGCUAGCAAAUAAAGCGGUGAACUUCGCAAAAAAUCGAAGAGCGGUCAAGGUUGGCCUAUUUUGUGCAUGCCUUCUCAGCUGGCUAUUGAGCAUUCGCAGGCCUUAGGCAGAAAUGCCAGACUUCAGAUUUCAUUAGAAAUAAGCCGAGCUCUAUCUUUCGUGGCGCAAGUCAAGGUGCCAAAGAGUUUCUUUCAAAAUUAACUAGAUAUUACGGAUCGAUAUUACUAAAUUUCUAGGUAUAAAAAUGUCAUCCCAAAAUACCUCGAAAACACACCCAUAGAUUUUGCUCAAACUUCACGAACAUUGAGGUAUAUAUUGGAGGAACAAGCUCGCGUGAGCCAUUUUAAAAAGAAAUCCCAGUGCCGAGAAAUACCGUCUGCAAGUGAAAUAGAUAAUGACGUCAUUUCUUUGCUAUCAACAGUUCGAUGCAAGCAUAGCAGGCGUCUCAUACUAAAUUUUCAUCCUUGUCUGAUAAAGCUGUGGUAAUCGUUUUCCACAUUUUUGUUUUAUAGUAGCCACAUUGUUAAUGCUCAAACUUGGAAUGUAUCCAAUCAAGCCACCUUAAACAAACCUUCUUAGUGAACAGAUCAAAAAAGGCAAAGUUGUGCUUCAGUGCUCAAAUUAAAAGGAUAAGAAAUCAGUGGAAAAACAAUUUUGGAAAACGGAGAUCAUUGGUCAUUUCUAGGAAUGAAUGUACAGAAAAACUUUAAAUAUCUAGCUAGAGCUUACAAGUUUUGAUUACUUUUCGGCACGUAAUUGCCCUCACACUAUUCUAAAAAAAAAACUGAUAUAAACAACCGAAAUUAAUUUUAAGCCGCAGGGUGCUAUUUUUCAGACAAUAAAUAACAUUUGGCCUGUUAAAUUUUGACUUCCAUUGUUUGAAUUCUUAAUUGUGUGGUUAAUGUGCCUUUUACAUGACACUGAACAAAUAGUUUGUUAGUUUUGCAUAUUUGUUGCAUGUCUGAAUCCUAAAUUGACCCUAUUACUAAAAAAAAAUUCAACACACCUGUUUAAAAUUUACUCUAAGCACGUAUUAGUUUUCGGAUAUCCUUAGCAUCGGUUUCAGACAUUUGACCAAAAAGAGGAUUUCUUGCUGGCUUUUUAUUACGAUGCAGUGAAUGCCUUAUGGUUGACAACGUACACAAUACAUAAUAACCCGCUCAAUUUAGAAAGGGCUGUGCAGUUGUGCUAAAGCUUCGCACGGGGGCUUUCAAUGGCCAAUAAACAAGAAAAAAAUAGGAUACGCAAACUACGGAGCAGUUUUUAUUUGAGCCAACUAAACUGCAUGUGUGCAAUCAGUAGUGUAUAAUUCGGACAGCUAAGCAUGAACUCAACGGCGAACGCAUCAAGCGAGUUUUGAAACUGCGCUACUUUGUUUAGUUCCAAAGCUUUUAUCGGAGGAACCGUUGCCUUGUGUCUGAUCACUGUUGUUUCACUGGUUGGAAAUUCUCUCAUUGUAAUGCUCGUUUAUAAAACGCCAAACUUAACAAAACCCAUAAAUUAUUUUAUCGCAAACAUGGCCUCGUCCGAUUUGCUGUUUAUACUUUUCAGGGGCACCCAACGAGGAUAUACUUCAAAACCACUUAACAUAGCAUUGUUGAACGUAUUUUAGUAUUUGAACGGUAGAUAUAGGCAUAUUUUUAUCCCCUAAAAACUUUUCAUCUGUUCGGAUUUCCUAGCUGAAAGUCUAGUGAUCCGAAAAUUAUAGGGAUCAAAACUUACCUUUUCGAAAAUUUCAGCCAGGAAAAGGCUCCCGAAAAUUCUAGGUGGCCUUUUUUAGGGUAAAUAUCCGUGUAAAAUGGGUAAUUAUACCAUUUUCUAGAUGUUCGAAAAUCCUAGGAGAGGCAGGCAAGCAAGAAAUUUUACAACAAAUGUUCCGAAAAUUCUAGUUCUCAAAUCGUCUUCCGAACAGAUAUUUUCCCGAAAAUUGCCGUUGGAUGCCCCUGACUUUUCACUUGCCCUUUGCUCCUGGCAAGGUUGUACACAUCAUGGUUUAUCGGUGGCCACUUCGGCCAGGCUUUGUGUAAGUUUAACACUUUCUUUCCAGUAGUUUCCGCACUCGUUUCGAUUCAAAAUCUGAUUCUGAUAGCGGUGGAUCGAUUUGGAGCCGUGGUAUUUCCACUCCGUUCCCCACUUAUCAGAUCCAAGUUGUGUCCCUUCUUUAUUCUCGCCACCUGGAUAGUUGCAGUAGCUGUCAGUUCGCCAUGCUUGUUCGCCGUGAAACUGGUUGAAAACUCAGGAAGAAUGCAGUGUGAUCGAAACGCCGGAUGGAAGGAAGCAUUCGGGGAGUUCUCGUCCUUUUCAGACUUCGCAAUAGUGAUCUAUAUCUUGUUUAUCUACAUCCCUGUACUGUUGUUAGUCAUUCUUUACUCCAUCAUCCUUAUCAAACUCAAGACACAGGUACACCCAGGUGAAAAUUCGUCCAACGUUGAACAAUUACGGCAAAGAAGAAACAGAAGCGUGCUUUAUAUGUCCAUUGCUAUCAUUUCAGUGUUUGUGUUUUGCUGGUUACCAUUCAUAACUAAUGAAUUCAUCUUAUUUUAUCGGAGCAGUUCCACUCACUUUUCCUGUAGUUUCAGGCUAUACCGCCCAUGGCUGACGCUUACGUUGCUUUGA